CCGCAUCUCGACGGCCAUCUUGGGACCUGCUUGUUGUGUUGCUCGUUGUUUUUUUGUGUUUUCUUGCAAAACUCGUGGAAUCAGUGCUUUAAACGGUGAAGAAAUGACAGAGCGGCCGACGUUUCGCACGCCGAAACGGACGCACUACGAUAAGGAGAACGGUGCCUGCUCGUCGCCACAAUUCGCCAGUUAUGGGUGCACGCCGCCGAGUCGGCUCUUCGGUUUGCUCACGCCGGACUCCUCGCCGGCCAUCAAACACCACGCCAUGCAGGUGCAACACCUGGCGAUGAGUCCCUCGGGGCACUCAUCGCCGAUGUCACCUAGCGAAACGCGUCGUGGUAGGCCUCGCGCUGAAAGUUUGAACAAUUUAAUCAUGCAAGGGUCAACAUCGCCCAGCAGCAUCAAGUGCACGUAUUGUAAUCGCGUUUUUCCAAGAGAAAAAAGUCUUCAGGCGCAUUUACGCACACAUACUGGUGAGAAGCCAUACAGAUGUGACUUUCCAAGGUGCACAAAGAGUUUUGCUCAGUCUGGACAACUGAAGACACAUCAGAGAUUGCAUACAGGAGAGAAACCUUUUAUUUGCGCUGUGGAGAAUUGCGGCAAACGGUUCACACACGCAAAUCGCCAUUGUCCAGAUCAUCCAGAACCACAGCUGAAGAGAUUUAAUGCAAUAGCAAAUAUUAAUUUGGAUAAUAUUGAAGAUGAUCAAUACAAGCAGGAGAUACAGGAGUGGAGAGAGAAGACUAGCAGAAAAAGAGAAAAAGGAAUAUCUUCCACGUGCACAACACCAAAGAAACCUCGCAAGCGAAAACCCUGGCAAGAAGAUGAAUAUCUCAACGAAAACGAAAACCAAGAGAAUCAACCAUUCAACAACGGAAUCUACAACUACACUGCAUCAAUCGAGGAACCCGAAGACCUAUCACUAACCUCCCGGAGUAAGCUUGCCCUCCACACUUCCAAUCCCAACACGCCGGUCACGAAGGUGACAAAGAUCAAACUCUGCGAACCUGUACAGGUGCAGCUAUUCAAAGGUGAGUUAUCGCCGCAAACUGACACCGAAAACGAAGCGACUGAUACCUCGGACGAGUCCAAACCCGACUAUCAGAAACACGUGCCCAAAAAGCGUUGGCUACGCGAAGCCACACGAGAACUACAGGUUACCGAUAACGAUCAAGAAAAUUAUAAUGUAAAUGACUUAGCAUCACCGAUCAACUGGUCAGAGGGCGAUGAUGUAUCAUCGCCUACUCUUGUUUCACCUCCAGCAAGUAUACUACCACCGCAAGUUCUCACAGAGAAUAGAAAACGACCAACGGUGUUAGUCAAGCUGGACUUGGCCGAGCAAGGCCAGCAAAAGGUAACUGUGGUCAGUGUGUUGCCACGAAACGACAAACAUAACCACAAUAGUAAGUUUAAACAUAAUUAUGAAACACAUGAAACACAACAGGAAAGUAGAGAGAAUUUCGUACAUGAGACUGAUUUUAAUCGAAAAGCGUCUGGAGUGUCAUCUCCUGACUUGUUGGGUGCGAUGGCGCUUGUUGAGUUGGGCCUUCAGCCGACGCCAAAGUUGCAGUAUAAUUAUUAGCUUAUUUCGGAAACUUGACAGCAUUACAUCAUAAAUUAUCGUCUUUUUUUUACUGUAAAUUACAUCCGAACAGUUAGGCUCUAUUUCGAAUGUUGCUACUGAUAGAUUUUAGUACAUAACAUACACCUGUAAGCUAUUAUUUAUUUUCACAUGUGAUAUGCGUUGUUGUAUGUUGUCCGUUGUUUGUUUAUGAGGGUGAGGGAAAGUUUUAUGCAGUUGAUCCUGCAUGUUAUGAUGCUUUGAUUUGAAAUUAUUGAGUUGCCAGUGAUAAACUCAAAUUUUGACUGAACUUCUUUAAAUAUUCACAACUUUGAAAGAUAUUUAUACUUAAAAAUAUUUCAAAGUUGUUAAUAUCUUCACUGGAAAUACAUUUGAUUGAUUUAUAAUAUUUUUACAUGUUACUAUAAUUCCAAUGCAAAUUUUGCAUUUAUCUAAACUUCAAGAAUUUGCAUUGAAACAAAAUUAAAUUAAAUGUUAUGCUAAAUCAAUUGUAUUUCUUGUGAUUACUAAAUUUGUAUUAAAAACUAAACAACAAAAGUUUUUCUUUUACACAAUUUUGAUCUUUAGUCUUAAAAGUAAAACUUUAUGCUUAUUUAGUUUGAUUUUAAUUAUGAAAAUGAUGUAUUACCUUAUAAGAACACUCGAAAAUGAUGAAUGCAACUAAAUUGUAUAUGAAUCAAGUUUUUAUACGAUUAUUUUUACAAAUCAAGUGCACUUAAUGUUUAAAGCUUUGAUAUAUGUGUGUGUACAUAUUCUGCAAAUACGUUAAGUUUUUUUUUUCUAAGUUUUCUAAGAUGUAUAAUCAGUAACUUAUAUGUUUAGGCUGUUGCUGGUUUAUUUGUGAAAACUGUUUAAUUUGAUUUGAAAAUGACGUUGCUUAUCAUGCAUUUUUUGAUUGUAUUAUUAUUCUAAUUUGUGAUAUUUGAAUGAGUAAUGAUAAAUAAACAACUGAAUGGGA